AUGGCUGAACAGCAUUUAAAGUGUUAUUCGUUAAUGGAUUUUUACGUUUCAAAAGGAUUAGACUCCUGAGUGAAUGUAAAAGGCCAGGCAGUUUGACAAGACAAUGACCUUGGCUAAAUGUUUUCUUUCUCUCUCCCCCUCCGGUGUGCUCUGGUGAUCAGAGGGGCUGUUCAGAUGCCUGGAGUGGUCAGGGGUCAUCAAAGGGCAGCUGUCCACUAUAAAGGGGCCUGUCUGGAGCGCCGUCUGCACAUGGCAUCAUUUCAGCCUGAGACCAGCUGGAAGAAGGAAGGAGAUCUUUGCCUCGCACUCUCUCUCUCAUGAUUUUAGACUAGAUGUUGUGGGUUUCAGUUAAAAUGGAAGUCCUGACGGUUUUCUGCACAUUCCUCCUCUGCUCGUUUGGAGUUGUUUUCUCCACUCAGGGUCACAGAUAUCUCACAGGCAUCGAGACCAGUUUAGCACUCAGAAAUCUCUCAUUUAAUCAUCGCAGCAGAUACCCUCUGUACAUGAUGCAGCUGUACCGCUCCUUCAGGACUGCCGAUACCUCGUCGUCAGUAGCUGUCAGCACCGUUACAAUGCAAGGCGACAACCCGUCAGCGCACAGUUCGGACUCCGUCCUCAGUCUGAUGGCCAAAGGUUGCCAUCAAGUGGGUGAAAGAUGGACAGUCACGUUUGACAUGUCAUCCAUCUCUGCUAGUGAGCUUGUCCAGCUGGCAGAACUUCGGAUCAGACUACCAGCUUUCUCUGGCUCCAAGCGUGCCACCGUGGAUUUAUAUCACUCCAGAAAGCAGAGUUGUGACCUGGACAGCACAUCAUGCCAGGAUGAGCAGCUUUUCCUGGGGAGCUUUGGCACAUCAGCCAGCAGCACAAAGUCAGCAUGGAAGGUUUUUAAUGUGACUGCUCUGUUGAAAUACUGGCUGUACCAGGGAGAUGGAGUGGCGAGCCAAGAGGCCUCAGGAGAACCUGAGGCGGACCAUGGGAGCGGUGCUGGGAAUGAAGGCGAGAUCACUGACAAGUCCCUCUUCAAGAAUAUGGGAUUGAGGCAGAGAAAAAAACACCAUCAAACCACGAACAGGGUAAUGAUGGUCAUUUUCUCCAAACACAACCUGCCCCAGGAAGGCAACACAGCACACAGUCUCAUUCACACUGUGGAGAACUCCAAGUACGUGAUGAUGGACAGAGUCAGCGGUGACAGUCAAAGUCGACGCCACAAGAGGAACAGGAUGGAGAGGAUGAGGGUGGCUGCAGGAGCUUCAACGACUCCUGCACCAGCAGCAGAGGCGGCCCAGAAGCCGCUGUGUCGGAAGGUAGACAUGUGGGUGGACUUUGAGCACAUCGGCUGGGACGAGUGGAUCGUGCACCCGAAGCGCUACAAUGCAUUUCGCUGUGAGGGAGAGUGUCCUACACCGCUGGAUGACUCCUUCAGCCCUACCAACCACGCAUACAUGCAGAGCCUCUUGCAAUAUCACCAUCCAGAGAGAGUAUCCUGCCCGUCCUGUGUGCCGACGCGCCUCAGCCCGCUCUCCAUGCUCUACUACGAGAGCGAUGAUUUGGCCCUGCGGCAUCACGAGGAUAUGAUUGUUGAAGAGUGUGGAUGUCACUGAAGGCCAGCACACCAGCGGUUUCACUGCAGUCACAAGAGCAACUAGUGACGGAGCAUCAUCUUGAACUGAAAUUGAACUGCUUCUUUACUGUUUUCAUGUAAACAUUAAUGUUUAAAUAUUAAAUUUAAAGUUCCUAGUCAUGGCUUCUAAACAAAUGAUUUUUAAGUUUGAAUGACAAUCUAUUUCAUCCAUACUGGGUGGUACACAGCAGUAUAUAUCUUUAGUAAGGAGGAAGCUCCAUUAUGCAAAUGUUACAUGUUGUAUCUAUUUAUACAUUAUAAUGUAUAUUUUGUACAUAAAAUAUGAAAACAUAUAUUAAAACAUUUUAUUUUGACAUGAUUGU